AUGGUCGCUCAACCCAUUGGCUCGAAGAAGCCCAUUCCCAAAGCCGUUGGAGCACCGAAGAAGCCCGUAUCCACCCAGACCAAGACGGUGCCGUACAAGAAGCCCGCUGCUGCACCAGUAAAGAAGCCCAUUACGCCCGCAACAGCCACGAAGAAGCCGAUAGGUGCGCCUGCUGUCAAGAAACCCCUCCCAGCACCGGCAAAACAAAUCACAAAACAGGCGCCGCAGAACAAGAGCUGGAUCACCAAGGCCGUCGGCGCUGCAUCGUCCGGCAUCAGUAGUGCAACAAGCGCUGCUGCGGCUGGCGUAGGAAACGCUGCUGGCGCCGUUGUGACGGCUGCUGGAAAUGGUGUUGCUGGAGCUGGAAAAGGUGCUGGUGCAAGCAUUGCAAACACAUCGCGAGGCUGGGGCGACAUGGUCCGCGAGUACGGUAACUCACUCAAGGAUGUGACAGGCGCAGCGGGCAGUCGCGCGACCACAAAGAACAACCCACUAGGCUUGUCUACAGGUGUUGCGGGAGGUGCUGCAAGCAUGGCCUCCCGACCUGGUGUGACUGGCAGCACAGUAAAGAAGGGAACUGGCAGCAACCCUUUGGGAUUGUAG